CUGUAACUUGACCGUGUUUCUGACAAGCCUCUCAUUGAUGUAAGCAGCGCCCACGGCUUAAAUGAGCCUCGUUCAGGAGCGUUUCUUAGUUCAGACACGGGCGGAGAGCUGGCAGAGACGGACUCUUCUUCUUCUCCACCUCCUGCUGUCCUCCUCCGUACUCUUCCCCAGUCUCCAUCUCUCUGUCACUCUCCAUCCAUCAUCCAUCCGUCUGCGUCUUUUGGAUACCUACCUUCCUCUCCUUACAGCGCGUCAGCCCAGCUGGAUCAGUCCAUCCUCCACAUGUCUUCUCCACCGUGGUCCAACUGCAGGCUGCUUUUGCUGUAAUAAUGCCUGGCUGAAAGGCUCGCAGCGGGGUUUUUCUUGCAGCAAAGGGAACGCCGAAGAAGAGCUCGGUGGAGCGCGGCUCUGCGUAAUGGAUUUACUUUUGUCCAAGCAAAGUUGGAUUUUGUGAAGAGCCUCGUGGACCCCUACAAUGGUCAGAAAAGGAGGGCGUUUUUAGAAAAGGUGCUUUUGGGUUAGGAAUCACAUCGUCAGAGGAAAUGCACAGAGCGUGGGUACUCUUCUUUCUAAUAGAAGAGGGUUUCGCUCUGGCACAGAGAACUAAAGAAUCCCCGAGCGAUUAUGGCGGCCAGAGGCCCAACCAGAACGACUGUGGCACGUGGAUCCGCAACAUCAACGGCGGGAGUUUCACCUCCCCAAACUACCCAAACCCCUAUCCACCCAAUAAGGAGUGUGUUUACAUCCUGGAAGCCCUUCCUAGACAAAGGAUUCAGCUGUCUUUUGAUAAGAACUACUACAUAGAGCCAUCGUUUGAGUGUCGCUUCGAUCACAUCGAAAUACGUGAUGGGCCAUUUGGUUUCUCUCCGCUUAUUGAUCGCUUCUGUGGGGGAAAGAAUCCAGAGAUUGUCACAUCCACAGGACGUUUUAUGUGGGUUAAGUUCACCAGCGACGAGGAGCUGGAAGGCCUUGGAUUCCGAAUCGAGUACACCUUUAUUGCAGACCCUGAUUUUCAUCUGCACGUGGGUGGACUGCUAAACCCCAUCCCAGAAUGCCAGUUUAAUGUUGGUGGAUGGGACGGGAUUAUCCGCUCCAGUCAGGUGGAGGAAGAAAAACGAGUGAAGCCUGGUGAUGCCCUGGACUGUAUCUGGACAAUCAAGGCUCCUUCUCAGUCCAAGAUCUACCUGCGCUUCAUAGACUACCAGAUGGAGCAUUCCAAUGAGUGUAAGAAGAACUUCGUGGCUGUGUACGAUGGCAGCAGUGCCAUUGAAAACCUCAAGGCCAAGUUCUGCAGCACCGUGGCUAACGAUGUGAUGCUUAACAACGACAUGGGAGUCGUACGAAUGUGGGCCGACGAGAAGAGCCGACUCAGUCGCUUCCGCAUGCUGUUCACAUCAUUUAUUGAUCCUCCUUGCAACGACAAUACUUUCUUCUGUCACAGCAACAUGUGUAUUAACAACUCCCUGGUCUGCAAUGGCGUUCAGAACUGUGUCUACCCAUGGGAUGAAAACCACUGCAAAGAGAAGCGAUCUAAGGGGCUUUUUCAUCAGAUCACUAAGACCCAUGGCACCGUUAUCGGCGUCUCAUCAGGCAUAGUUCUUGUUCUUCUUAUCAUCUCCAUCCUGGUCCAAAUGAAACAGCCAAGAAAAAAGGUUGUAGCUCGACGUCCUGGUGUUUUCAAUAAGGCUGGAUUCCAGGAGGUCUUCGACCCUCCCCACUACGAGCUCUUCUCUUUGCGUGACAAAGAGAUGUCCUCUGACUUAGCUGACCUUUCUGAGGAGCUGGACAGCUUCCACAAGAUGCGGCGCUCCUCCACUAUGUCCCGCUGCGUCCACGAGCACCACUGUGGUUCACAAGGCUCUGUGGCUACUGGCGGUGGCAGUAUGAAACACAGCCGCACCACUCUGAGCUCGAUGGAGCUGUCCUACCACAACGACUUCUCCAAGCCGCCACCCAUGAAGACUUUCAACUCCACAGCCAGCUAUAAGAAGAGCUGCUAUGGCUACAAGCAGCACUCACAGACUCACGACUGCGACCAGCAGGUCAUUGAGGACCGAGUCACAGAGGAGACCACAUGUGAGAUUUAUGGGCGCGGUGCAACAGGAGUGGGUGGAGGAUCCGCAGGUGGAGGAGCAAUGGGAGGAGGAGGAGCAUCAGGGAUUGCAGGAGGAGCAAUUGGUGGAGCGGUGGGUAUAACGGGAGGAGUGGCAAUGGGUGGUGGGAUGGGUGGUGGAAUGAGUAUGGCAGGAGCCAUGAGCAUGGCAGGGCCUAGUGGCAUCGCUGGAGGUAUUGGUGGGAUGGGAGGAGCCUGUGGAACCCUCAGUGUUCGUGGCAACAGUGCUCGUAACAGUACCACCAUAGUUGAUCCACAACAGCGCUCGAUGUCCAUGGACUUUUAGAUGGAAGAAAAGAAAUGGAAACAGAUCUUGCAGGUCGAUUGUCUAAAGAAUGCAAGACAGGAGGACUAUAAUUCCAAACUGAUUACUCCUGCGUGCUCUUCUGCCAUUGGUCUUCAAGCACUGGUAUUGUGAGUUAAAUCUCGAGGACUCCUCUCAUUCUCAUGUGUAGGUUUGGGAAGAAUGGAUCAAAAGAACUAAAAGGAAGUGGGGAAAAAAGCUGACAUAACUACUGGUUCUGUUCUUCAGGAUACUGAAUGAUUCGGAGUGCACAAAGUGUGGAGACAUCUGGUCUCUGCAGUCUUAUACUCAAUAAACAUCUCCUUCCAUCAGAGACUUCUAGGAGAAUGUUCUCGCAUGUAGACCCAGACUUCUCUCUGUUGGGUUACCACUCAAACACAGAAAGAGAGAAACCUGGAGAGAUGUUGUAGACUGACUUUUUGCAUUUAUUCACCUGCCAUGCACAGAUAUAUGAUAUAUGAUCGAUAGUGUGUCUUCUAAUAAUUUAUUUGAGUCUUUAUUUUUGUCAGUGUACUGUACCGUUAAGACCAGUAUGUAUCCAGCCUCACGAUGAUGCUUGGCUUUUAACUCUUUGAUCUUUUUCAUUUGUUGCUCAGACGAUUUUAUGAAGGUGACUCAUCCAUGACAUGUUGUGUUGAUGAUGAGGUGGAAGAUGAAGAAGUUGUUGUUAUCAAUAAUGAUCAACUAAAUAUGAAGAUGGCGAUGAUAAUUAUGUGAUAUUACUAUAAUAAUUAUGUAUUUUUCAUGGUUACCUCACAUAUACAGAAGGUACACUUCAUUCAGUCUCUCCUCAGGAAGAGCACAUGAAGAGACUGUCUUAUUUUGCUAAAAAAUACAGAAAAAGACUAUUUCUGCUCUGUGAGUUUUAUAGCAUAAGAGGAUUCAGACUUUGAGUGAUCAUUUAUCAGAUAUAAAUAUUUGGAUGUGAGCCCUGGCUUGAAUCAAGAUAGCCUCUCUCUGCCAUGCCUCUCCAAACCCCUACCCUUAAAAGGAGAAAAUGUAAUUCCUCUGUGUCCCCAUGAAUCGAGUGUGUAAAACAAGCACAACCUGUUUCCUUACAGUGACAGACAUGUAGCCUACUUGGGACUCAAUUAUGAUUUUAACCACUAGUUGUAUAAUUUCAUUUUGUUGAAUUAAAUGAGAGCUUAUUCACCUCAC